AUGACGACAGUUGCUAAAAUGACAAAUACAUCUACUACAACUGAUAAGAAACAGACAAAUUCGAAAACUACAAAGAUAUAUAGGACCCAACAAAUGAACACAACGGCUGAGAAGGUGACUACAAUUUCGACGUCGUCAACUCAGGAACAAAUUUCGAACCUUGAGACAACAUCGACAGCUAUUGGAAGGACGCCACUCACCAACUCCUCCACUGGUGCCUCUACAGCCACGUCAACUCUUGAGGCCACCACGUUGGCCACCUCAACAAUGGGGGAACCUUCCACCUCAGGGUCCGAGGGCACCUCUCCUGAGACUGUGGCUUCAACCUCUUCCACUCGCGCUCCAACGUCUACACUUCAAAGCAGUCCAAGGUCCGUCUCCACCACAGCACAAAGCUCCAGCCCAGCUCCUGGAAUGACCACUGCAGUCCCUCCCAGCUCAGCUGGAACAUCCACUCGUGCUCAAGUCACAAGUGCUGCUACAGAGACAAGAGAGGCGACCAGCACGGUCCGUGCACAAACAUCCUCCUCUGCUCCUGGGACAAGCCAGGAGAGCACCUCCGCUCUUCCUCUGAGCUCUACUCUGGAGACCACUUCCCCAACUCUCACCACAACUACACCCACCAGCUCCUCUACUGGUGCCUCUACAGCCACGUCAACCCUUGAGGCCACCUCCACAAUGGGGGAACCUUCCACCUCAGUGUCCCAGGGCACCUCUCCUGAGAGUGCGGCUUCAACCUCUUCCACUCACGCUCCAACGUCUACACUUCAAAGCAGUCCAAGGUUCCGUCUCCACCACAGCACAAAGCUCCAGCCAGCUCCUGGAAUGACCACUGCAGUCCCUCCCAGCUCAGCUGGAACAUCCACUCGUGCUCAAGUCACAAGCGCUGCUACAGAGACAAGAGAGGCGACCAGCACGGUCCGUGCACAAACAUCCUCCUCUGCUCCUGGGACAAGCCAGGAGAGCACCUCCGCUCUUCCUCUGAGCUCUACUCUGGAGACCACUUCCCCAACUCUCACCACAACUACACCCACCUCUACGCCACCCACCAGCUCCUCUACUGGUGCCUCUACAGCCACGUCAACCCUUGAGGCCACCUCCACAAUGGGGGAACCUUCCACCUCAGUGUCCCAGGGCACCUCUCCUGAGACUGCGGCUUCAACCUCUUCCACUCGCGCUCCAACGUCUACACUUCAAAGCAGUCCAAGGUCCGUCUCCACCACAGCACAAAGCUCCAGCCCAGCUCCUGGAAUGACCACUGCAGUCCCUCCCAGCUCAGCUGGAACAUCCACUCGUGCUCAAGUCACAAGCGCUGCUACAGAGACAAGAGAGGCGACCAGCACGGUCCGUGCACAAACAUCCUCCUCUGCUCCUGGGACAAGCCAGGAGAGCACCUCCGCUCUUCCUCUGAGCUCUACUCUGGAGACCACUUCCCCAACUCUCACCACAACUACACCCACCUCUACGCCACCCACCAGCUCCUCUACUGGUGCCUCUACAGCCACGUCAACCCUUGAGGCCACCUCCACAAUGGGGGAACCUUCCACCUCAGUGUCCCAGGGCACCUCUCCUGAGACUGCGGCUUCAACCUCUUCCACUCGCGCUCCAACGUCUACUCUUGAGACAACGCCCAGGCUCGUCUCCACCACAGCACAAAGCUCCAGCCCAGCUCCUGGAACGACCACUGCAGUCCCUCCCAGCUCAGCUGGAACAUCCACUCGUGCUCAAGUCACAAGCGCUGCUACAGAGACAAGAGAGGCGACCAGCACGGUCCAUGCACAAACAUCCUCCUCUGCUCCUGGGACAAGCCCAACUGCUGAGAGCACCUCCGCUCUUCCUCUGAGCUCUACUCUGGAGACCACUUCCCCAACUCUCACCACAACUACACCCACCUCUACGCCACCCACCAGCUCCUCUACUGGUGCCUCUACAGCCACGUCAACCCUUGAGGCCACCUCCACAAUGGGGGAACCUUCCACCUCAGUGUCCCAGGGCACCUCUCCUGAGACUGCGGCUUCAACCUCUUCCACUCGCGCUCCAACGUCUACACUUCAAAGCAGUCCAAGGUCCGUCUCCACCACAGCACAAAGCUCCAACCCAGCUCCUGGAACGACCACUGCAGUCCCUCCCAGCUCAGCUGGAACAUCCACUCGUGCUCAAGUCACAAGCGCUGCUACAGAGACAAGAGAGGCGACCAGCACGGUCCGUGCACAAACAUCCUCCUCUGCUCCUGGGACAAGCCAGGAGAGCACCUCCGCUCUUCCUCUGAGCUCUACUCUGGAGACCACUUCCCCAACUCUCACCACAACUACACCCACCUCUACGCCUCCCACCAGCUCCUCUACUGGUGCCUCUACAGCCACGUCAACCCUUGAGGCCACCUCCACAAUGGGGGAACCUUCCACCUCAGUGUCCCAGGGCACCUCUCCUGAGACUGCGGCUUCAACCUCUUCCACUCGCGCUCCAACGUCUACACUUCAAAGCAGUCCAAGGUCCGUCUCCACCACAGCACAAAGCUCCAGCCCAGCUCCUGGAAUGACCACUGCAGUCCCUCCCAGCUCAGCUGGAACAUCCACUCGUGCUCAAGUCACAAGCGCUGCUACAGAGACAAGAGAGGCGACCAGCACGGUCCGUGCACAAACAUCCUCCUCUGCUCCUGGGACAAGCCAGGAGAGCACCUCCGCUCUUCCUCUGAGCUCUACUCUGGAGACCACUUCCCCAACUCUCACCACAACUACACCCACCAGCUCCUCUACUGGUGCCUCUACAGCCACGUCAACCCUUGAGGCCACCUCCACAAUGGGGGAACCUUCCACCUCAGUGUCCCAGGGCACCUCUCCUGAGACUGCGGCUUCAACCUCUUCCACUCGCGCUCCAACGUCUACACUUCAAAGCAGUCCAAGGUCCGUCUCCACCACAGCACAAAGCUCCAGCCCAGCUCCUGGAACGACCACUGCAGUCCCUCCCAGCUCAGCUGGAACAUCCACUCGUGCUCAAGUCACAGGCGCUGCUCCAGAGACAAGAGAGGCGACCAGCACGGUCCGUGCACAAACAUCCUCCUCUGCUCCUGGGACAAGCCAGGAGAGCACCUCCGCUCUUCCUCUGAGCUCUACUCUGGAGACCACUUCCCCAACUCUCACCACAACUACACCCACCAGCUCCUCUACUGGUGCCUCUACAGCCACGUCAACCCUUGAGGCCACCUCCACAAUGGGGGAACCUUCCACCUCAGUGUCCCAGGGCACCUCUCCUGAGACUGCGGCUUCAACCUCUUCCACUCGCGCUCCAACGUCUACUCUUGAGACAACGCCCAGGUUCGUCUCCACCACAGCACAAAGCUCCAGCCCAGCUCCUGGAACGACCACUGCAGUCCCUCCCAGCUCAGCUGGAACAUCCACUCGUGCUCAAGUCACAGGCGCUGCUACAGAGACAAGAGAGGCGACCAGCACGGUCCGUGCACAAACAUCCUCCUCUGCUCCUGGGACAAGCCAGGAGAGCACCUCCGCUCUUCCUCUGAGCUCUACUCUGGAGACCACUUCCCCAACUCUCACCACAACUACACCCACCAGCUCCUCUACUGGUGCCUCUACAGCCACGUCAACCCUUGAGGCCACCUCCACAAUGGGGGAACCUUCCACCUCAGUGUCCCAGGGCACCUCUCCUGAGACUGCGGCUUCAACCUCUUCCACUCGCGCUCCAACGUCUACUCUUGAGACAACGCCCAGGCUCGACUCCACCACAGCACAAAGCUCCAGCCCAGCUCCUGGAAUGACCACUGCAGUCCCUCCCAGCUCAGCUGGAACAUCCACUCGUGCUCAAACCCACCUUCCCAACUCUCACCACAACUACACCCACCAGCUCCUCUACUGGUGCCUCUACAGCCACGUCAACCCUUGA